AUGCACACCAACAAGCAUAUUUUGUUUUUUCUUGUUUGCAUAUCUUUCCUCUUGAAUGCCCUUAAUGUAUGGGGUGCUCAGUCGGACUCAUUAGUCCUGAGCUGUGGCUUGGCAGAUGGUGGCACAGACAUGUAUGGUAGGAAAUGGGCACCAGAUUCCAAGUACCUUAAUGGAAGCAAUUCAAUUACCAUUAGAGCUGGAUUCCAAGACCCUUCACUUCUUUCUGAGAUUCCAUACAUGACAGCCAGAAUUUUCACAUCUGAGGCAACAUACAAGUUCCAAGUGAAAACCGAUAAGCGUUAUUGGCUAAGGCUCCAUUUUUAUCCAUCUGCUUAUGGCAAUUUCAAUCCUGCAGACUCCUAUUUCUCAGUGACCGUGAAUGGCCUCACGCUCUUGAAGAAUUUCAGUGCUUCAAUUACUUGUCAGGCCCUUUCACAAGCUUACAUUGUUAGAGAAUACUCCCUGGCGCCAUUGGAUUCAAAUACUUUGACAGUAAUCUUUAAGCCUUCUAGUUCUUUUGCUUUUGUCAAUGGCAUUGAGGUGAUUGAAAUGCCAGACUUAUUUGACUCGGCAAAAAUGGUAGGGACCUCUGACCAAAUUGAUGUCAAGGGUGUCCAUUCGCAGACAAUGUAUAGACUGAAUGUUGCUGGGCAGUUCAUUCCUCCAACCAAUGACUCUGGUCUUACCCGGACUUGGUAUGAUGACUUGCCUUAUUUAAAUGGUGCUCAAUUGGGGACAACCAAUGCUAUUAGCCAAAAUGUUAAAAUCCAGUAUAAAAGCAUGCCGGCAUAUGUGGCUCCUGUAGAGGUUUACAGCUCUUCAAGAUCAAUGGGUGUAGAUAAGGCAAUCACUGAGGGUUUCAACCUCACAUGGGUAUUCCAGGUUGAUCCGAAUUCUACCUAUCUUCUGAGGUUUCAUUUCUGUGACUUUUACUAUAGCAAACCCAAUCAGCUGGUGUUUUCCAUCUUUGUCAACAAUCAAACAGCAGAGGCUACAGCAGACGUGAUCGCGUGGAGUGAGGGGAAGGCAGUGCCAACAUACCAAGAUUACAUGACAUAUUUCACAGAUGCCUCGGGAGAUCAGAUGCUUUGGGUGGCUUUGCAUCCCACAAACGAAACACGGCCUGAGUACUUUGAUGCAUUACUCAACGGACUAGAGAUAUUCAAGCUCAGUGACACGACUGGAAACUUGGCAGGCCCCAAUCCAAAGCCCUCACCUAUGCUUCUCCAGAAUGAGGCAGUGGAAAAGUCCUCUUUCAAGAAAUCAGAUAACAGUAAAGCUAAGGUGAUCGGUGGAACAGUUGGAGGAGCUGCAGCCUUUGGCAUUCUGGCUGCACUUGUUUUUGUUGUCUACCAACGAAAGAGACAAAUCUAUGGAACAGAUUCACAAACUUCUAGCUGGCUACCAAUCUAUGGAAACUCGCAUACGAGUGGCAGCAAAUCAACAAUAUCAGGGAAGAGUAAUGCUAGCAGCAACAUCUCAGCAUUGGCCCAGGGACUAUGCCGCCACUUCUCCUUGGCAGAGAUAAAAAAAGUUACUAAGAACUUUGAUGAGUCUGUUGUGAUUGGGGUUGGAGGCUUUGGGAAGGUUUACAAGGGAGUUAUCGAUGGAGGGAUCACAGUGGCCAUCAAGAGGUCAAACCCAUCUUCAGAACAAGGAGUUAAUGAGUUCCAGACUGAAAUUGAGAUGCUUUCUAAGCUGAGACACAAGCAUUUGGUGUCUUUAAUAGGGUUCUGUGAGGAAGGUAAUGAGAUGUGCUUGGUCUACGACUACAUGGCACAUGGGACUCUGAGAGAUCAUGUCUACAAGACCAAACAACCUCUCUCAUGGAAGCAAAGGUUGGAGAUCUGCAUUGGAGCUGCAAGGGGACUUCACUACCUUCACACAGGUGCAAGGUACACCAUUAUCCAUAGAGAUGUCAAAACAACAAACAUUCUUUUGGAUGAGAAUUGGGUUGCCAAGGUUUCAGAUUUUGGUCUCUCCAAAACAGGUCCAAAUAUGAAUAAUGGUCAUGUUACUACAGUGGUGAAGGGUAGCUUUGGUUACUUGGAUCCUGAAUAUUUCAGGAGGCAACAGUUGACCGAGAAGUCUGAUGUCUACUCAUUCGGGGUUGUCCUUUUUGAGGUCUUGUGUGCAAGGCCUGCUCUCAAUCCUAGCCUUCCAAAGGAACAGGUUAGUUUGGCAGACUGGGCUUUAAAUUGCAAACGGAAAGGAGUUCUCGAUGAUAUUAUUGAUCCUAAUAUAAAGGGGAAGAUCCAUCCAGAAUGCUUGAAGAAAUUUGCAGAUACAGCUGAGAAGUGCUUGGCUGAGGUUGGAUAUGAACGCCCUUCUAUGGGUGAUGUGCUGUGGAACCUUGAGUUUGCUCUCCAAUUGCAGGAUAACAAUGAAGAUUCAAACCAUUCUUCACAAUGCGGGGAAAGCAGCACUUCUGAUGAAAGUCCAAAAAACGAUACCAUGGCAAUGCAUCGUAAAAACCUGAGUAUCGAAAGUGAGCAUGAAACAAGUGAUGAAUCCGUAGAAACCAGUGCAAUCUUCUCACAGAUUGUCAAUCCUAAAGGGCGAUGAGGAGGUUGUUCUUGAUGAUUGCUGUGCCACCAGGAAGGGCUUAAAUGACAAUGGAAGGUCAUGGAAUUUGAGAAAAUAAAUUUAGCUUUUGGUUUUACUUCAGAGGGUGAUGCUUUGUUUUGUGUUUUGUGUGUUGGAUUUCAUUUA